AUGGCGGGCCAAUUAAGGUAUGACGGCCAGGUUGUGGUCGUCACAGGCGCUGGAGGUGGUUUGGGAAAGGCAUAUGCCACAUUCUUCGGCUCCCGAGGCGCCAGCGUCGUCGUGAACGACCUGGGCGGAUCUUUCAAGGGCGAAGGCAAUUCCUCAAAGGCCGCCGAUGUAGUCGUCGAUGAAAUAAAGAAGGCCGGCGGCAAGGCCGUCGCAAACUAUGACUCCGUAGAAGACGGUGACAAGAUUAUCGACACCGCGAUCAAGAGCUUUGGUCGUAUCGAUAUUCUGAUAAACAACGCCGGUAUCCUGCGAGACGUCAGCUUCAAGAAUAUCAAGGACCAAGAUUGGGACCUCAUUUUCAAGGUCCACGUCAAGGGCGCCUACAAAUGUGCUAGGGCAGCAUGGCCACAUUUUAGGAAACAGAAAUACGGUCGUGUCAUCAACACGGCGUCAGCUGCUGGCUUGUUUGGCAAUUUUGGCCAGACAAACUACUCAGCUGCCAAACUGGCUCAGGUUGGCUUCACCGAGACGCUGGCCAAGGAGGGCAUCAAGUACAACAUCUUGUGCAAUGUGAUCGCCCCCAUCGCAGCUAGCCGAAUGACCGAGACCAUCAUGCCCCCAGAUAUCCUUGAGCUCAUGAAGCCCGAGUGGGUUGUGCCUCUGGUUGCUGUUUUGGUCCAUAAGGACAACACGACCGAGACCGGCGGAAUCUUCGAGGUCGGCGGUGGCCACAUGGCCAAGCUCAGGUGGGAGCGCUCUAGCGGCCAGCUCCUCAAGUGUGAUGACAGCUACACCCCUGGGGCCGUUUUGAAGAAGUGGGACCAGGUUAUCGACUUCUCCAAGCCGCAAUACCCAACCGGGCCCAACGACUUCGUGAGCUUGCUGGAAGAGUCUCAGAAGCUUGGCCCCAACGAGGCAGGAGAGAAGCUUGACUUCUCCGGACGUGUCGCACUGGUGACCGGAGGAGGCGCUGGCAUUGGUCGCGCUUAUUCACUGGCUUUUGCGAAGCUUGGAGCUGCCGUUGUCGUCAACGACCUCGUCAACCCAGAUGAUGUGGUCAACGAGAUCAAGAAGCUGGGUGGCAAGGCUGCAGGCGUCAAGGCCUCAGCUGAAGAUGGCGAUGCUGUCGUGAAGGCUGCUAUCGAUGCCUUUGGCCGCAUUGACAUUGUCAUCAACAAUGCAGGCAUCCUGCGGGACAAGUCAUUCCACAACAUGGACGACAGCCUCUGGGACCCUGUGAUGAACGUUCAUGCUCGCGGAACUUACAAGGUCACCAAGGCUGCAUGGCCAUACAUGCUCAAGCAAAAGUACGGUCGUAUUAUCAACACUACUUCCACGAGUGGUAUCUACGGCAACUUCGGACAAGCCAACUACUCCGCAGCAAAAUGUGCAAUUCUCGGUUUCUCACGCGCUCUUGCACUUGAAGGUGCCAAGUACAACAUUUAUGUCAACACCAUCGCUCCCAACGCUGGCACAGCGAUGACCAAGACCAUUCUGCCUGAAGAGCUGGUGCAGGCUUUCAAGCCGGAAUACAUUGCGCCGGUGGUUGUCGCUCUGUCCAGUGACAAGGUCCCCAAGAACCCAACCGGAGGUUUGUACGAAGUGGGUAGCGGAUGGGUCGGCGCGACCAGGUGGCAGCGAACCAACGGUCACGGCUUCCCUACAAAUGUGCCACUCACUCCGGAAGAGGUCCUGAAGAACUGGAAGGAUGUUGUCACCUUUGACAGCCGGGCCGACCACCCCGACAAGACCCAGGCCAGCUUGGAGAAGAUCAUGGCGAAUGCUGGGAACAAGGCAGGAGGAGGUGCUAAGAGUGAUGAGCCCUCGGGCGGAAACGAGUACCUGGACGCGAUUCAAACUGCACUGAAAGCCGAGUCCCCGGGCACCGAAUUCAGUUUUAGCGAGCGUGAUGUGAUGCUCUACAACCUCGGCGUUGGCGCAAAGAGGAAUGACCUCCGCUACGUUUUCGAGGGAGCCGAGGACUUCCAAGUCCUCCCGACCUACGGCGUCAUCCCACCCUUCGACGCCGAGACGCCCUUCAGUCUGGACAGCCUCGUCCCUAACUUCAGCCCCAUGAUGCUCCUCCACGGCGAGCAGUACCUCGAGAUCCGGAAGUACCCAAUCCCCACGUCGGGUCGACUGCUCAGCUACGCCAAGCUGAUCGAGGUUGUCGACAAGGGCAACGCGGCCAUCGUCAGGCACGGCGUGACGACGGUCAACGCGGAGACCAAGGAGGAACUGUUCUACAACGAGAUGACGGUGUUCCUCAGGGGCUCUGGUGGCUUCGGCGGGCAGAAGAAGCCCACUGACAGGGGCGCCAGCACGGCGGCGAACAAGCCUCCCGGACGGGCGCCGGAUGUCGUCGUCGAGUCUAAGACGACAGAGGAGCAGGCUUGUGUCUAUCGGCUGAGUGGCGACUAUAACCCCCUCCAUGUCGAUCCCGCCUUCGCCAAGAUGGGCGGCUUCAAGGUUCCUAUCCUGCACGGCCUCUGCUUCAUGGGCGUCGCUGGCAAGGCUGUUUACGAGCAAUAUGGCCCGUACAAGAACAUCAAGGUUCGCUUCGCCGGCACGGUGCUGCCGGGCGAGACGCUGGUGACCGAGAUGUGGAAGGACGGUAACAAGGUCAUCUUCCAAACCAAGGUCAAGGAGACCGGAAAGCUGGCCAUCGGCGGUGCUGCGGUUGAGCUUGCUCCAGAUGCGAAGGGCAAGUUGUAA